CACUAAUAUGCCUUGAUAUAUUUCCUACUCCCAAGAUUUCUCCGUUGUGAUGUCGAUCAGCCAAUAGGUAAGUGUCUGAGCCCCUGUUGAUCUCUUCUUGAAACAGAUGACGCACAAUCUCGCCUCUAUAUUUCGCAAGUGCCUUCUGCACCAAAAGAAAGCCAUCUUGUUCAUGAAUGAGCUGCUUCUAUGUCAGCAAUUACCAGGAAUAGAGUGUCUUGCGAGCAUAUAAAUAUUCCAUCUUCACAAUGGGCCCAUGUGAAUAUGCAUGCGAAUCACCGUCCCAUAUUUCGCCACUUCUAUUGACGAUACAAAGCUCACAUAUGUACUCAUAGGAAUGGAUAGACGAGAAGACGACUGAAAGCCCCGUUACAACCUCGAGGAAGAAACAGACCACCAUGUCCUCAUCUACUCUCUCACCCGAGCAAGCGCAUGCUCUCUUCGAUAUCCUUACCCAUUAUCAGCUCUAUUCGGAGGUCGAAGGCUUCAAAUGGCCCACUGCAAUACAGAAUUAUGGAGCGCCUUUCUCCAAAGAAGACCCUGCACAGUAUUCAUCGCCGUUGAUGCAGAAGAUGUUUACUUCAUUGAUUGUGACGCUGCCAGGAAUCACGACUUUGCCACCUGAUUUCUGGCAAGAGAGGGUCGGUACCUUGAUCGCGAGUUUGAGUGAGGCGAGAUUGUCGGAAAGUUACGAUAAAGGUACGAUGGGAACGAGGAAGACGUUGUCAACGGCAUCCUCAGUUCUCAUCGAGAAUUGUGCCCGAGGAUGCUUUGGUGGAUGUCCGACUGUCGAGGAGAAACCAAAGAGUCAGUAUGAUCGUUCUAAAGCGGAAGACAUUAAACAAGCUUGGGAGAGAGCUGCUCAUGAACUUGUGUAUGGCGACCUGAUCGAUGAGCUGUAUGAUGGUAUUGCAAAGUCGGACAAGUUAGAGGAUCUAUCUCCUCUGGUACAGGCUGCUAUUGAACACAUCCUCCUCAUAACCACUUCCUUCGUUCACCACGUCUUCGUUCUGUCGCCAGAUGGCCAGUAUCUCCUGAGACUACUCAGUAAUGUGAAUAAGCUCGUGCCAUAUAUGGCCAUCAAGCAGACCCUUAGAGUUGGAAAUGCCGCCACCAUGAUCAACGGAAUGCUGAAAUUGAUCUUGACAAAGCUCAGUGUCACCGCUUUUACAAACUGGAUAGGCUUGAGCAAGAACUCGGACGAUGGGAUGAAUCUGAUGCAGCAAAUCAUCUCCACCGUCUUGACUUGGGACAAUUCCGAUUUCAAGGAUAUCGCCUCUAAAAUCGAGAAAGCCAAGGAUGGUCCCAGCCAAGAGCAUCUCGAUGCGAUCGAAACUCACAUCCAAGCAGGACGCGAAGAACAUGAUAAAGUACGAUCAAUCAGCAUUGAGCAGUCCAAGUCAAUCGUCAACGUAAUCUUUGAGACGGCUCAAUACAAACCAUCUACCUCUCUCUCGGAUGUGCAGCAUGCGAAAGCCUUAGAGUACUACUCCGCCAAACUCUCGAUCCGAGACAGGAAAGAGCUCAUCCGAGUUCUUUGCCAUCAAUAUCCUGACAACCUCACUCAAACCAUUCGCGACGUUGUCGCUGUCUACGAUCCUCUCAUACGAUCUAUCCACAACGGAGUUGAUCUCAGUGCAGGGCUCGGAGAUUUGCAGAACUUCUUGGAGGACAUGAUCAAGACCAUCAAACCAAAAUCUGGCAAUGGUAACAAAGCCCCGUCUGUCGAGGAUUUCGUUACCUUAUUCCGGACUCAUCUUCCGUCUUGUCUCCGAUUCCUGCAUCAAGUUGCCAAGAACUGUCCAGAAGUCUCGUCAACGUUCCGACAGUGGUGCAAGGAAGCUAUUCAACAGUUCAGAAAGAAGCAAUCCAGCGAUGCCCAAGAAACAGGAGGGGCAGGAUCGAUGACCGCUCAUCUAACGACCUUGUGUGCGUCUGUUUCUGAAGUACAGAAGCCCGGAAUUAUUAGCGCAUUAGAUGCUCAUUCUAAUUACCUCUCCUCGCUGAACAAAAUCUCGAUGCAGAGAGCACAAUCCGUCCUCGACAACAAGUCCACGACUAUGUAUGGUCCAGGAGCUUAUCUUGCUAGGUGGCAUGGUUUGUUGGAUGAGACCUUGAUCACGCCUGCUACUCCCCAAGGACCCGUUCGAAGAGGUAAAGAUAUCCAGUUCAAGGACGAAGAGGGAAAGCGGAAAGCAAGUGGGAAGGGGUGGUGGGAUAGCGAGCAGAUUGCGCAGCAAGUGAUGGUGGAAGUACCUGAACAACCGAAUGUUGAUGUUGUGUUAGAGCUACUUGGUGGACCCUUCAGAGAUCUAUUGAAUAAGGAUAGAAGUAGUGGCAAGACGGGGGUAGAAUAGAAUAUAAAUACACGUGAUCUCAC